GCGCGCGCCGGUUCAUUAGUUACCGGCAAUUCGUUCGAAUUACGUAGAAAAUUAUUUUUUUAGUCAAAAUAAUGCACAAACAAUUAAAAAUAAACAAAAUGUCAGGCUUGAUAAUAGUACUCGUAAUACUAUGUGCAGUUUGUGUUGAAUCUCAAAGCGUGUUUUGUUGUAAACCGGGCUAUUUUAUGUAUAAGGGCAGAAACAGAACUAACACGUGCUGGGAUCCUAUAUCAAAUACUAAUGCUUCAGUGCAAAUAACUUGUGAAAAAAAUGUGCUGUUAAUUGAAGACGAUAUGUAUAAGUUUAGUGUGAACGAUGAGAAAUAUUUGGUUAUCAGUAUGCCAAACUUUCAAUCAGCAUUGGAGCCUCAAACAUUUUGCGUUGGCAACUAUUCGUUAAGCACGAACACAUCAUCGUUGCUCAAGGCGAAGAAAGCAGCCAUCAUUUGCGAAGACGAGGAAGAGAAUGAGAUUGUUGAUCAAAGCGCAUUGGCGUACUGCAUGCUCGUGUCUGUCAUUUUCCUUACUCUGACAGCCAUUAUCUAUAUUGCUCUUCCAGAAAUAAGGGACUUGAACGGAAAGAGUAUAAUAUGUUUCUGCAUCUCCCUCGCUCUGGGCCUCCUCUGUUUGGCGAUUAUGAAUCUCAUUAGCUCAUACUCCGACAUGAAUCUCUGCGCAACACGAGGCUUUCUUACGUACUAUUUCUUCAUUGCGAGUUUCUUCUGGACGAAUGCUAUAUCAAUUCAGAUACUCCGCAACAUGAGACGUCCCUUAACAGUGGACUACGGAUGGAAGGAGUUUUCGUGGUACGCCCUGUACGCGUGGGGAGCGAGCGCAGCGAUAACAAUAGCAAUGGCCAUUGUUAAUUUUAUACCUGGGGAUCAUCAGAAACCUGGAAUCGGGUUAAACCAUUGCUGGUUUUUCGACAAGAAGCAGCAGUGGUACUACAUGUAUAGCGUGAUGUCGAUUCUCAUAUCCGCCAACAUCUGCAUCUUCGUGUACACCUCCGUAGUACUCUGGCGGCAAAGCUUCGCCUCCACGCACCUCAAGGCGCUCAAAUACAAAUUCAUGAUGACAGUCAGACUGUUCAUUAUAAUGGGAGUUCCGUGGAUCUUCGAGAUGAUAAGCUCCAUAUCGGAUAAACAUAUUAUUUGGGUGAUAUUGGACUUUGUAAACGUGCUGCAAGGUCCGCUUAUCUUCCUGGUGCUAGUCGUGUUACGGAGACGCGUGGUGAAGGCGUUGCUGCGGCGCGGCGUGCUUGACUGCCUCGCGCCGCACGUGGAGCGCCAUCUCGCACUCGCAGACGACGACGAAGAUGUCAUACAACACACCAUGGAUGUGCCCAUGGAUGAGAAAGUCACCAUCACUUAGACAAGGGGUUAACGUCAAAUUUCGUGUCGUCCAAAAUCAUAAACACUAAAAAGGUGUACCUUGGAGUUUAUAUAAUAAUCGUAGUCUAUAUUUGAUGGCACGUAUAAUAACGCAUUGAAUAUUCAUUUUAAAAAGUGUCUCUUUGAUGCAUAAAUGUUCGCCACCCCUGACUUAGACCAUAUCCGCACGUGUGUUCUGCUACUGACUUAGUGAUAGCUCUGAUGUGGUAAUUGCCAGCAUUUGAAGACUUUGUUACUGAAUUCUAAACCGUCAUUAUAAUAUCUCGGAUACUGUAGGGCCCGCUUAGGGCAAAAGUAAAAAGUUUUUAAGAAUAAGUGUAAUACAAAUACAAUAAUAUUGAUAAAUAUAAAUUUGAAUGGAUUAUUACGCACAACCUAUAGCAUUUAAUCAGCCUAUUUAAUGUAUUAUUUUAAGUAAAUCACAACAGUACAAAACUAGUCAACAAACUUUACCUUUAAUAUUUUAUAGACUUUACGUUAUUAACAUAAAAAAUAACACUUUAAUUAAGAUGAAUUAUUAACAUAGAAUAAGAAUUAAUAACAAUAUACUAUUGUUUCUUCGGAAUGAAUAUCAGAUCAGAAUGGGGCACAAAUAAUCAGAUUUAUUUAAAAAUAGAAUGCUUUGUGCCUACUUUAGUAACGUGCUUUUAUUCAUAUUAUGUUUUAAGUUGCAUUAAUGUUUUCGGACUCAAAGUUACUCCUAUAACCUAUAAUCCCUGAUGCAAUAUAUGAUAAUGAAUAUUCCGAGGCGUAUAAUGUAAAAAAUUGUUGUAUUUUAUUAUUGUUUAGUGUUUA